AUGCCCGCUGUAACCACCUCCGUGUCUGCCGUCCCCACCGCCCUCAAGGCUGGUGCAGUCGACGCCCCAACACUCCUUGUUGCUGACAAGGCUACCCGCACUGCUGCCGUCGAGGCUCUCGUGUCCAAAAUCCAAAACGAUGGUCCCGCCGCCAUCCAAGCCAUUAAUCUUAUAGACAGCGUCAUCGCCGCUCUUAACGACAAAAAAAGCCCCCUCAACAAGGAGGCAGCCGCUUCGUGCAUCCAGCUCCUCGCCACAAAGGGAGCCGCCAACCACCUCGAGCCCUUUAUCCUCGCCGACGCCUCCAAGGGUGUUAUCCCCGCCCUCCUCGAGAACUUUGCAGACAAGACGCCCGCUGUCCGCGCUAAUGCCGUCGACGCCGUCUUGGCUCUUGUCGAAAACUCGAGCCCAUGGGCCACCGCCAUGAUUCUCCCCGCCUUGCUCCACCAGAUCAAGACGGCCGGCAAGUGGCAAGUCAAGACCGGAUGUCUCACCAUCCUCAACAAGCUCGUCAAGGUUGCUCCUGCACAGACUGCCUCCCUCACCCCCGACAUCAUCCCAGUCCUCGCCGAGGCCAUUUGGGACACGAAAGCUGACGUCAAAAAGGCGGCCCGCGAGUCGCUCAAGCAAACUACUGCAUUGGUUUCCAACAAGGAUAUCGUAAAUUUCAUACCCGCACUAAUCAACGCCCUCAUCAACCCCACUGAAGAGGUGCCCAAAACCAUUCAAUUACUCUCUGCUACGACAUUCGCUUCCGUCAAUGUCGUGCUCGACGUAGAAAGUGCGGACUU